UUGUAAUCAACAUUGUGGAAAAGAGGGGAGUAACAUAUGAACAUUAACGUUAUCAUGAACUUGUUGUUUGAUUAUUCCUAAUUUACCUUCUUUGAUACUCCUAAUAUUUUUUGUUUUAACACUAUACUAAUUUUAUUUUGACUUUUUUUUUUUUUAAAAUUUGUAAAUUUUGAGUUAAAAGUCAAAUGAUACCGUGUACAAUCCACUUAAAAAAAAAUAAAAAAUAAAAAAAUAAAAAAGAAAAUAAAAAAAGAUAAAAUUGUAGACGUAUGAUAUAUCUACAAUAUACGUAGGAAAUAAAACUUAAGCAAUUAGGUACGAAUAAUAAUACAGCAAAACCCCGGGAAAUGAUUUUGGCACACCUCAAUGUGAGAGCAUAUUUUUCUAUGCUUUUCUCACAUAAGGGUGUGCCAAAAUCAAUUAAGGAUGUACCAAAAUCAAUUUCCCAAAACCCCAAAAAAAAAUAAAAAAAAAAUAAAAAAAAAGCAUUGAAUUGAAUGCCUUAACAUGGAUUUACAUCUCAUUUUCAGCUUUCCUGCGGCGUCUUACAGUAGGGUAGUUGAGCGUAAUUAAAUGAAGUGCUCAGAAUUUAUGUUUAUUUACCAACAAAACAAGUCUUUAUUUAUAUUAAGCAAUUACUUCCUUCUUACCAAACUUCUUACCCUUCACUUUUUAAAUACUACCUUCACUUUCACACAUUCUCAUUUACACCACACUAUUAUAUCUUCUUACACAAAACUAUACUCCUAAAAAGUAAAUAAGAUAAUGAAGAGUUUUCUAGUGUUGGUGGUGGUAGUGUUGGUAGUGAAUGUAUGUGUCGCACAAGAUUACGGAGACGUAACGACAGCGACACCGCCAUCAAAUGGCGGAGUGUCUAGGACGAAGGAGUUGGUGCCGGCGAUGUUUGUGUUUGGAGACUCGUUGAUUGAUAAUGGAAAUAAUAAUAAUUUGCCUUCUUUUGCUAAGGCUAAUUAUUUUCCUUAUGGUAUUGACUUUAAUGACGGUCCAACUGGUCGCUUCUCUAAUGCCUACACCAUUGUUGAUGCCAUUGCGGAAUCACUAGGUCUGCCUUUAAUACCAGCAUACUCAGAAGCAAGAGGAGGGGAUCAAGUACGUUACGGUGUCAAUUAUGCUUCAGCUGCUGCUGGCAUUCUUGAUGUUACUGGCAGGAAUUUUGUUGGACGCAUACCAUUCAAUCAGCAAGUGCGCAACUUUGAGAACACAUUAAACCAAAUAACGGCAAAUCUUGGGGCAGAUGAUGUUGGUAGAAGCUUGGCACAAUGCUUAUUCUUUGUUGGAAUGGGAAGUAAUGACUACCUUAACAAUUAUCUUAUGCCCAAUUACCCUACUCGUAACCAAUAUAACGGACAACAGUUUGCCAAUCUCUUGGUUCAACAAUACACCACUCAACUCACUAGAUUGUAUAAUCUAGGAGGGAGGAAAUUCGCUAUAGCCGGACUAGGAAUGAUGGGGUGCAUCCCAAGCAUACUAGCACAAAGCCCUACGGGGAAAUGCUCGGACGUUGUAAACAACCUUAUACAACCUUUCAAUGCCAAUGUGAAGACGAUGCUUAGCAAUCUCAACUCUAAACUACCUGGCUCCAAGUUCAUUUACGUCGACAUUGCUAGCAUGUUUCGUGACAUCCUCACUCGUCCUGCUACUUAUGGAUUUAAAGUGAUCGACCGAGGAUGUUGUGGGAUCGGGCGUAACCAAGGCCAAAUAACAUGUCUACCAUUCCAAACACCGUGCAUGAACAGAGACGAGUACGUAUUUUGGGACGCCUUCCACCCUACAUCACACGUAAACGUUAUCUUAGGGCGUAAGGCCUUCAAUGGAGGCAGCGACGUUGCUUACCCGAUGAACAUUCAACAGCUUGCUGCUCUUGACAUUGAAACUAAUUGAACAAAUUACGUACUAGCCUGGCUUAGGUUCUUAGUUGGAGUAAUUAGUUACAAUAGUGUGUCACUUUUCUAUGAUCUAUAUUAACUUCACUAUUAUUAGUGUUGUUAAUUAAUGUGAUCUAAUGGAAAAAAAAAGACUAAAACUUGGAAUUAUAAUUUAUCACUGAUUAUAUUUGUCUAUGC